CCCCAAUCUUUACAUCUUUGUCAGCCAAACGAUCUUUGGUCCGAUCACUUUGCUGAACGUUAUGGGUAGCAGCGAUCUUGACAGACAAAUCGAGCAGCUGAGGCAAUGCGAGAUCAUUACUGAGAAUGAGGUGAAAACGUUGUGCCAAAAGGCAAGAGAGAUUCUCGCAGAAGAGAGCAAUGUCCAAAAGAUUGACGCCCCAGUGACGAUAUGCGGUGACAUUCACGGCCAGUUUUAUGACCUCAAGGAACUGUUUAAAGUCGGUGGUGAAUGUCCAGAUACGAACUAUUUGUUCAUGGGCGAUUUUGUAGACCGAGGGUUUUAUUCUGUCGAAACAUUCUUACUUUUACUCGCCCUCAAGGUUCGAUAUCCCGACCGCAUCACUCUUAUUCGCGGCAAUCACGAAAGUAGACAAAUUACACAAGUGUAUGGAUUUUAUGAUGAAUGUCUACGAAAAUACGGUUCAGUUAAUGUCUGGCGAUAUUGUUGUGAGGUCUUCGAUCACCUUGCUUUGAGUGCUAUCAUCGAUAACAAAAUAUUCUGCGUUCACGGCGGCUUAUCUCCCAGUAUCAACACCAUUGAUCAGAUUCGCAGCAUCGAUCGAAAGCUAGAAGUACCACAUGAUGGUGCUAUGUGUGAUCUCCUCUGGUCAGACCCAGAUGAUAUCGAAGGCUGGGGAUUGAGCCCAAGAGGAGCUGGAUAUCUGUUUGGUGGUGAUGUUGUUCAAAGUUUUCUACACAAUAAUGACCUCAACCUCAUAGCACGUGCCCAUCAGCUCGUCAUGGAAGGUUACAAACUUUUGUUCAACGACACCAUUGUCACUGUAUGGUCCGCACCAAAUUACUGCUACCGGUGCGGCAAUGUAGCAGCGAUAUUGGAGCUAAACGAUAACUUGGAAUCCAAUUACAAAAUAUUUGAUGCUGCUGUUGGUGUGGAAGCGCGGGGAGCAGGACUUCGGAAACGAGCACCAGACUAUUUCCUCUAAACUGAUGGAUGGGCUGGUGUACUUCUUCAUUUUAUGAUACAUCCAAACACUACUAAAUUCCGGCAUGAUCCGCACGUAGUUCUUAUCACGCUACUGUAUUUGUAAAUUU